AUGGAUUUCAUUCCUCGACCUCCUGUCGGCGUUAUCCAAGUCAGGCUCUGUAAGGACUUUAGAUACAGUAUCUAUGAUCCCCUGCAGUGGCCUCAGAUCUACACCCCGGGUUACGAGUAUCUCACUGCAGUCCGACGACACGAAACUAUGGGAGCUUCUUGGGCAGCUCUGUGGUGGACACCUUUGCCGGGUAUCGACUUCCAGCUUCUAGGGGGCUCUGCCUUCAAGUGUCUAGGAGUUCUGUCCGCCGACAAGCUUCGACCCCUGCGCCUACUCGUCGAAGAACUUACGAUCGAAAUCGGCGAGCACACAAAGAACGUCGGGCACAACAACGAGCUGCAGCGUCUUCAGCGGGAGAUGCACCAAGCUCUCCAGCGUGCAAUGUAUUUCCCUUCCACGCUGCGCGACGCCUGCAUCCAGAUUCGCCAAGUCCAGCGCUUUUGGCUGAUGGCUAGGGCUUUCUUGGACUUCGCGGGCAUCAUGAAGCGACCCGACGACUCGGGGUACCGCCAGGUCGCAAAAGAGUACAUGGGAGCAUUCACGACGGAUCCCGCUCAUGUCCAACACCUCUACCACGCUGGAAUUCCCGUGUGGUUUCUGAGGCCGGCGGUCACUUUGACCAGCAACAUCUCGGUGGUCGCAAUGGUGCUUGUGCGCGAGCCCGAGACAGAAUACAUCACUACCGAACCGCUCGUCAGUGGUCUUACGCCGAUCUAUUCUGGCCUCAGCGGUCCCCGUCAUCUCGCGGCUGUCUCACAGUCCGCUUUCUCCUACUUCGACAUCUCUGAAUCACCGCUCCUCCUCCGAGACGACCUCAGCGACUACCGUGCACAACCCGCCUCAACCCAGAGCGCUUCUUCAUCCGGUCGUGGAGCGCAGACGGGUGCUCAGAGAACAUCCAAGAAGACAGCGGGUAAAAAGCCUUAUGGGAACGUACAUCCUAGCCAAGUUCGCGGCCGCGACAAGUUCGUAGACCUCACUCACGAAUGGAUGCCUCCUAGCCUGCCGGCGUGGCGCGAAGCCAUGCUAUCUACUGACCGUACACAACCGGCUAAACCCGCCUCAGAGUUGUGGGGUUACUGGAUCCCCGAUCCGGCCUUGCUCCUGGGGUGCACGACUCCGGAACGUACCUCGUGUUACUUCAUAAACUGGAUUCGUCUCCGUCCGGCGUGGUUGUACCUCCUGAGGGUUCCUGGCAGCGGCGUUACUCAAGUCCCGACCCAAUGGUGGCGCGAUGUGUUGAACGGUGAGGUCGAGACACGACAUGCGGAGGGCUCCACGGUUACCCUUCGGAGCAAACGUUUGGACGGCAUCCUCAAGGUCUUCGGCAAGGUCUUCGAUCUCGACGACUACGAUAAUGACGCCUCCCAUUCGGUGCCUUGGUUUACCUUACGGUUCGCUGAAGUACCCGCCAUCGUCCGGCCCGUAGUCAUCUGGGAGAUGUUUGAGCUGGGGUUCCGCCACGAGUUACUUGCGCUCGAUCGUGUCCUCGUUCCCAGCCCGGCGCACGCCCACGCCGAAGAACAGCGCGAAGAGGUUCUCUCGCACGUCUUCUCCAACUACGACCUGCUGCAGCUCAACACGCUCCCCGACACACCGCAGGGUCUCGCCAACCCAAUUCCUCAGGGACGUGUCCAAUGUCUCAAAGCACUGCGUAGGGUAGUCAUGCAGUGGCCGCUCUGCCCGCCCAACGUUCGCGGCGCGUCCGCGCUCACGACUGCCAGCGAACCACGCGUCAUCAACGAUCUCGAGAAAGAAAUCGCCGCCUUCUAUGUUCAUAUGUUCUUCCAAUAUUCCGGUCGUGCUCCGCUUGUACCUCACGCGUUCCCUAUGUCAGAGUCGGACGCUAGCUUCUUUUUACAAUAA